UACGUGCGCCGCGGUGCAAACCGUACGGAGGAUAAUUACGGACACCUGAAAGUCGAAAUGGCCGGAGCACGGAUACGUCUAGACGUAACAGCCCUGGGAAUGGCCGGCUCGCCAACCCCGUGUCAGCAGCCUACCCUCGAAAUUACCCUAUCAAAAGGCCGUACCUCUAAUUCAUUAUUCCGUCGCCGAUUGCGCCGCGGCUGUCGUUUCCAAGAUGUCUGCCCGUUCGUCGUUAUGUGCUCGUCUCCGUUCAUGGCGCUCCAACACCGGGACAAUCGUAAAUGCUCGCACUCGCGUUCACCGUUUCCUACGGCGGUGCCAGAGGAUUUAUGUACGUUUCUCGUUGCUUUCUAUCGUUCAACCUCUUUCGUUUACUUGCUCGUCCGUGCCACGUCCGUUUCAUCGAUCUACUCGAUACUGCUAUUCGAGACCAAUGUUUAUUAAAUCUGAAGAAAACAGUAUUACUUAUAUACCCCUAAUAUAUCUUGGAAGGAAAUAAUGAAAUAAUUAAUGUCUGUCCUUUGUGUGUCAAUUUGACACAUUUUUCUCGUAAAGAAUGUGUGAAAUGUAUAGAAUCAUGAUAUAAAAUUGAAUAUCUGUAUCUGAGGGUAGGUUAUACGUAAUUGAAUAAAGAUUUAGUUUAUUUACUGUUAAUGAGAGAAUUUGCAAAUUUAAUUAUUUAUCUUUUUAUCGUAGGUUUGAUUUGACACUAGGGGAGUUAAGUUGGAGAAAUAAGGGAUGAGUGUAAGAUAUAUUAUAAAAAUUAUUAUUAUGUUUAUAUUAUUAUUAUU